GAUUUGCUUGAAGCAGAAUGCUCUGCUUUUCCCGGCAACCAAACAAUGUUUUGUUCUGGACUUCAACACUUUUUUACAAUCAAUUCAAGCACUGGAUCAACCAGAGCAAGAGACCGUCUAUCUAUAAAUAGUACCAUUUCCCUUCCCAAUUCUUUCAUAAGUUUCUAUCCUUUUUCACUAGUAUCUGCACUUUGUUCUUCACUAGGAAUGGCUAAAACACUAGGCAUUAUCUUGUUAUGCUUUCUCCUGCUACUUGUUUCACUUGAAAUCCAGGCUUCUGGCACUGGAAAUUCAGCUUCUCAGGGACAGAAACAAGGCAACUAUGCAAUGUAUGGUGCUACACAAGGCAGUCUUCAUCCUCAAGAAUGUGCUCCAAGGUGUACUGCUAGAUGCUCAGCUACAGCAUAUAAGAAACCGUGCAUGUUCUUCUGUCAAAAAUGCUGUGCUAAAUGCCUGUGUGUGCCUCCUGGAACAUAUGGAAACAAGCAGUCUUGCCCUUGCUAUAACAACUGGAAGACCAAGAAAGGAGGCCCUAAAUGCCCAUGAUUUUUAAUAUUUAUUUUUAUGCUGCUACGUUGCCUGUAGUAAACAUAAUUCACCAUCUAUUUAUCUCCUAUAUGCUCUAUUGAUUUGUACCCUUUGAAUGCGAAUUAGGGAUCAAGAUUAUGAGUAGUUCU